AUGCAGCGAUUAUCCCGACAUUUGCCUUUUUCGCCGUCCACAACCAGCCUUCAAGCGGUGACGUACUUGCUGGGCAUCUCGCUCUUUUCGAUAUCCUUUCUCGUGUUUUUGAACAGCUCCGUGUCCUUUGUCGUUACCGACUUGAUCGGGCAGAAGAAGAACGUAGGGGACGUCGUAGGCACGUUGGGAUUCGCCGACGAAGUAGUGGCCCUGGUCGCGUGUCCCACGUGGGGUUUGGUGUCUGACCGACUCGGCGUUCGAUGGGUUUCCGUGAUUAGCUAUGCCAUUAUUGGGAUUGCUCUGGUCUUGUUUGUUCAGGCCAAGAAUGUCUAUCCGCAGCUAUUGCUGGCGCGCAUUCUCUUUGCGGUUGGGGCAUCAGCGGCGGCGACGAUGGUAACGGCGAUUCUGCCAUCAAUGACUGAAGACGGAGACGCGAGAGAUGGGAGGAAUCUAUCGAGGUACAAGCCCAACCAGCGACUGAGCGUUGCCUAUUCCGUGGAAUCAGAAGCCACCAUUACACCAGAGCGAUAUGCACGAUCCCAGCAGCAACAACAACAACAACAACAACAGGGUGCGGUAGGCAAGUCUGGAAACCCGUCUGCGUUGGCGGGUUAUGUUGGCUUGUUUACCGGAUGUGGCGCUCUUGUUGCGCUUUUACUAUUCCUACCUCUACCGGCAAGGUUUGGAGAGAUUGAUGGAGUAACACCAGGCCAGGCUGUAUCGUACAGUUUCUACGUGGUGGGAGCGGUUUCUCUGGGCGUCGCAGUCUUUGUAUUUGUUGGGCUGCGGAACCUGCAAGGCGAGGAAGGUAAGGGAUGGAAGGCCCUCUUCGGCAUGUCAGAUCGAGACUCAUUAUCGUAUCUGGGCGCAGGGGAUGGCAGUAGGUCUCAUCGACAGGUUGCUCCGUACCUUGACCUAGUCAAGGACUCGGUGUUGUUAGGAUUUGCAGACUCGAGGAUUGCUCUGGGAUACAUUGGUGGGUUCGUGGCCAGAGCGUCUACUGUGGCCAUCUCGCUCUUUAUCCCGUUGUACGUGAAUACCUUCUUCAUCAGCAACGGCUAUUGCCAAGGGUCGCCACAUGACGCAUCGCCAGAGCUGAAGAAGGAGUGCCGAGAAGCAUAUGUGCUGUCCUCGAUCCUCACGGGAGUUGCACAGCUGGUGGGACUGGUUUGUGCUCCUGUGUUUGGGUACCUGUCCGGACGCACAGGGCGGGUCAACUACUCGGUUGUUGUCGCUGCAGUGUCUGGUGUGGUUGGGUACCUGAUACUGCCGCAGCUCUCGAGCCCGGAAAUCAAGGACGUGGACGGAAGAGGCGGGACAGGCGGGAUCUUGCUGGUGGUGGCGCUGAUGGGCGUCAGCCAGAUUGGGGCGAUUGUGUGCAGCUUGGGCUCGCUGGGCCAAGGCGUGGUUGCGGCCGAGCUGUCACGUUCUGUGCUACGAGAGCCGUGCAUUGCCCCAGGCGAAGACGAGUCGAGCGAGUCGAGCGAGUCGGAGCCUCUGGUGAGCAUCUCGACCAAGGAAGACUGCGCGUCGCGAGCCGGCUUGAAGGGCUCGAUUGCGGGAGUCUACUCGCUGUGCGGCGGAGCAGCGAUUCUCAUUCUUACUAAGCUGGGGGGAGGGCUUUUCGACUCGGUAUCGAGAGGGGCACCCUUUUACAUGAUGGCGACGUUUAACGGGAUUCUCCUGGUGGCGAGUCUGUUUAUGGAUGCGUCGCAGGCGUUUUCGAGGAUGUAG